UAGCCUACUUUCAGUUGGAUUGAAAUUGCUGGAGAGGACUGCCGAUAUUUCAAAUAGCCAACACUUGGUUAGAUGCUGACUGAGAACACUUCCCGUUGAACAUUUGAUUUGAUUAAAUAUGAAGCCUAUGGCUGACAUGAAUUGUACUUUUGAUCAACAUGGGGACCCAAAUGGAGAUAGAUUACUGCUCCAGGUGCUGUGGGAUGAUCUGCGAUCGCGACGGGAGUUCCUCACGUCACCUUAUCUGCCCGCAUGCUUUGCUUUCCUCAUCCACAUUCUCCUCUGCUCACCUUUUCUGGUAUUUGAAGCGUUGGGAUGUUUGUGGCCACGGAUACAUUUCUACAGGAUCUCUAGGAACGCUGAACCGUUGGGGUUGUGUUUGCAGCGAUGGGUUGACUGUUUUUGGAGGAUUUUUAUCAAAUACCUGACAACUAUUCUCCCGGCCAGCGCGCUUUACCAACGCGUUCGGAAUCCAAUAUUUCCAGAACUUGCGCCAUCCUGGAGAGUGCUCAUAGCGGAGGUUAUCGUGUGCCUACUUCUAUUCGAUGCGCUGUUCUUCAUCUGGCAUUAUUCCAUGCAUCGGGUUCCUUGGCUGUAUCGGAUGGUCCAUCAGGCUCACCACCAGAACCGGAUUACCUUUGCCCUGAUUGCCCAGGAUGCCAGCCCGGCUGAGCUCCUCUCCCUGCAGGUGCUGGCCCUGACCAGUGCCUGGGUGGUGGGCUGCCACCCUUUGAGCGAGGCCCUGUUCCACCUGCUCAACACCUGGCUGGCCGUAGAGGACCACUGUGGUUAUGACCUGCCCUGGGCCCUCCAUAGACUGCUGCCCUGUUUCGGAGGGGCCCCCUUCCACCAGGCACACCACCACGUCUACAGGGGGAACUACGCCCCCUACUUCAGGCACUGGGACUGGCUUUGUGGGACCUACCUGAGGGUAAGGGAGGAGGCUGGAAGGAAACAUGGAGGGAGGACAAUGAGGAGGAGGAGGAGGAGGAGAAAAAGCCUGGUAUCUGACGGUGUAUGUGCGGGGCAUGCGUGUGUUAAAAUUUAUGCAAGCAAUGAAGCAAUCAAAUAACUGACAGGUCAGUUUUCACUCUCAAAAUUACUUUUUUUUAUACAACAAGCAAUUUUGUUGUUUUUCUAAGUACAACAAAGCUUAAAUCACAUCAGGAGACCACUUUUGAGGUGUGGGGAAGAAAAUAAAACUAUAUAUUUUGCAGGUUUUAGUUCCCCUUUUAAUUUCAAUUGAGCACAUCAAGAGACUGGUUUUUGGCUGGCAGUGUUUCUGUACUGCAUGUGCAAUAGCAGAGUUUGCAAAACAAAAUACCACCCGAUUUGAUACAAUUCAUUCUACCAGGUAAGCCUACUUUGCAGUUAACAUUUAAUUUGGAAAGUUUACUGGAAGGCCUUUAGAAAUUACUGUUUCGGCAAUGUUAACUGACUUGCCUAGUUAAAGUUUAAAUGUAAAAAAAUAUAUUAAAAAAAUUAACUGGCUGCACAAAGUGGUAGACACAGGCAUUCCCAUGCCAUUGCAUCUUCAGAAAGUUGCAAUAAAUACAAAUCACAGAUGCAUUCUUUAAUAUUCUUUACAUGUAGGCUUUGGAUUGAACAAAUCUGUGCUUGCUUUUUCCUCUAGGGCACUUAAAUUUUCUUUUUAAAUGUAACAUUUAUUUAACUAGGCACGUCUGUUAAGAACAAAUUCUUAUUUACAAUGACGGCCAAACCCGGACGACGCUGGGCCAGUUGUGUGCCGCCCUAUGGGACUCCCAAUCCCCUGGCCAGUUGUGAUACAGCCUGGAUACAACUUGGUAACAACAGCCACACAGUGAAGCCUCAUCUAGCUCUCUCAGUCUCACGUCAGAAUUAGACGUUCAUCCAUGUUUCUCAAACAUAACAGUUUGAAGUUGUUGCAAAUUUCAAAGUGUUUAAGGUUAAGUUUAUGCAUUAACUCCGAAAUCUUAAAGUUAGGCCUUAACUCGGUGGUUAAGGUUUGGGAUAGGCAUAAAACAAAAAUCUCAAAAACAACUUUCUGUUGCUGGAUUCGAAAUUGCAGAAUCAGAGACAGAAUCAGAUGCUUGUCGUGGAAAUAAGUCACUCUGGGUUCAUUCUUUUGUUAUCUGCACGUGGGUGAUGUCUUCACCCCUCCCUGGCUUAGUUUCCCAGAUGCAAGGAUGAUUUAGAGACAAUGAAGAAUUAUUCUAAACUCCUGGUUACACCAACCACAUAUUUUGUAUGUAAUGCAGUCUUUAACUAAUUUGUCAGCUCAAGCCGUCUCUGGUGACCAUAUGCCCAGAUUAGCUGCAGGGAAUUAGUGGAGACCAUAAAAACACAGACACUAACAGGACAGAAAUAUCCUCCUAUUUGUUAAGUAUUAAUUGCUAACUAUUAACAUCAAACAAAUCAGCUAAACAUGCAAUUUUUCUAUCACAGGCUUUUGAGACAAUAAUAAGAAUAAUGCAUUUUAUUUGGAAGAUGCCUUUCAGGACACCUUACAAAAAAUCUAGUGCUGUACAUAAAAUCAAUUCCAUUCAUGAAUUCAAAUGAAUUUGAAUUAUGCUUCAUUAUUUACAGCUUAUCAAUUUCAAAAUAAUGGACGGGUUCUGGCACGUGCCACUUCACACUGAUACCAUGUGCAGGAAACGGUAGCUUAUCACUGUCGGCUAGGCUACACUGUGUAGGCUACUCAGCGUUAGCUAGCUAGUUAGCCAAGACUUGGCUAGCAAAAACAAGUAAAAUGGCCAAACAAAGCUCACUGUUAAACUUGUUCAAGAGACCUUGUAUAAAAGAGGAUGUUGGACCAUUUGCCAAGUUGUUUGAUAUCAUAGAUUUUGCCAUGAAUGGCCUCCAAUAAAAUGUGUGUGUGUGUGUGUGUGUGUUUUGUAAAUUCCGGGUGCUUAUGUGUUGAUUCAUAUGGGACUUAGGUAUGGCAGCGAACUCAAUAUGUGAUGAGCAUAGAUGUAAAGAGACAAUGCUGGUCCUUUGGCUAAAUUGGCAUGUUUGUAAUAGACUGUUAAUAGCUUGUUAUAAUCACUCUUAUAGUCAGGCUAUUUAUUCUACUGUCACUACUAGCCCAGCUAGCACAUAACGUUCUGAUAACCAUAUGUUUCUUAGAGCUUCGUAAGAGCGUUUUUUUCCUCUGAUUAUUUUCAGGGGUGAAAGUAAGGCGCUAUGGUCCGGUGCCAAAUAUAUAGUGUGGGUACACUGUACCGGUAACACAUGAGCCUAUCAAAAAUAAUUAAAACAAAAUGUCAAGAAAACUGUAGGCUAUUACACCACUUUUUAUCAUUACUGCAUGUUAGAGGCAUGAAAAAUGAGCGAGUGGUGCUGUAGAAAAAAACUGUUAAGCAUUCACCCAGGGUUUAUUCAAUAGUGACCUGCGCAGGGGAGACCUUUUCUGGAUGCAGCCAGCAUUGGACUCUUAGACAUGAUACAUUUGUGAUAUUUAAGCAUAUUACCCAGCAUCCUUUUCUGCAUUUGAAGUUUUGAAUUAUAAUACGUUGUUCCUCAUAUUUAGCUUAUUCAAAUGUUUUGAUGUUCAUUUUCCAACUGAAUAAUGUUGUACUUUUAAUUAUACGUUACACAUUUGUCAAGGUGUGUGCGUACUGGUAGCGAAGUCAGGUGCAGGAGAGCUGUCACGUCCUGACCAGUAAAAGGGGUUAUUUGUCAUUGUAGUUUGGUCAGGGGGUGUUUGUUUUGUGUGUUUUGGUGUUUUUGGUUUAGGUUCUGUUUUCUAUUUCUAUGUUUAAAUCUAGUUUUCUAUUUCUAUGUUGGGUUUUUGGUAGGAUCUCCAGUUAGAGGCAGCUGUUUGUCGUUGUCUCUAAUUGGAGGCCAUAUUUAGUUGAAUUUUGUUUCACUUGUAUUUUGUGGGUGGUUAUUUCCUGUAUAGUCUGUGCACCUUAUGGGACUGUUUCGUCGUUUGUUUCUUUUGUUUAAGUGUUAUUUCCAAUUAAUUAAGAAGAUGAGCACUUUACCCACUGCGCCUUGGUCCAAUCCUUACGACGCCUAUGACAAGAGCAAAGAUUUGUGAACAGGCGCACACUUUGAGGCAAAAGUCACAAGAAUUAUGUUUAACAAUAAACAUCUUCGUGAAAAAACAAACCAGUCUGGAGCGUCAACAACACACACGUAUCACAAACAAUCUUACACAAAGACAUGAGGGGAAACAGAGGAAUAAAUACAUGUAGUGUGAUUGGGGAAUGAAAACCAGGUGUGCAGGGAACAAGACAAAACAAAUGGAUACAUGAAAAAUGGAGCGGCGAUGGCUAGAAAGCCGGUGACGUGGACCGCCAAACGCCGCCCGAACAAGGAGAAGAGCCGACUUCGGCGGAAGUCGUGACAACAUUACACAUUUUUUGUAUGUUAAUGUUUUACUGUAAUGUGAACAACUGGUCACAGUUGUCAAAAGUGUUACUUGUAAAUGGCAACUCCAGCCACAACUAUUUGUAAAUAACUGUUGUAACAUUGGCUGAGAAGAUGCUUUGGUCAAUCAAGGUAACCUUUUCAUGGCUAAUUACAAUAGUCAAUGUGGUUAAUGAUUAGGUCUAUUUGUAAAAGUAUGCUUGGAAGAUAUUAUAAAUACACUUUAUUUGUAAAGAAAAUACAAAUGACCAUCAUCCUCUAGUGGCCUCAUGGGUGGAAUGUUAUUCAUAUUUUUCAUAUUUUUCUUUUUUUUCCAUUUUUUUUCCCGGUGUUUCUAUUUAAAACGGUUCUGUUAUAUUUCAAUCUGCUGUGAUGCUGUGAUGUAAAUAAAGUGUAAUAUUGGGAUGCAACCUCAAAAUGUAAUACAUUUAACGCUAUAUCUGACAUGGUGCAGGUUUAUUAAGCCCAUACCCAUGUGUGUGAGGUGUAUACUUUUGUUUCAAAGUAGAUUUGUGUAAUACUACCAAGAAACACUCUUUGUGACCUUGAUUUAGCCAACUGCAGUAAAAGGUUAUUAAUUGAUCAUGCUAGUAUACUAAUAAUACAAUGAGUUUGAUUGGCAGUGAUGUAAAGUACUUAAGUAAAAAUACUUAAAAGUACUAUGUAAGUCGCUUUUGGGGGUAUAUGUACUUUCCUAAACUAUUUAUAUUUUUAACAACUUUUACUCCACUACAUUCCUAAAGAAAAUAUGUACUUUUUACUCCCAUACAUUUCCCAUGUGGCUCAGUUGGUAGAGCAUGGUGUUUGCAACGCCAGCAUGGCGUGUGCAACGCCAGGGUUGUGGGUUCGAUUCCCACAGGGGGCCAGUACAAAAAAGUAUGAAAUGUAUGUAUUCACUACUGUAAGUCGCUCUGGAUAAGAGUGUCUGCUAAAUUACUAAAAAUGUAAAUCAAAAAGUACUUGUUCAAAGAAUCAGGAAGGACAGAAUUGUGGUCCAAUUCACACACCUAUCAAUAUCACGCAUUGUCAUCCCCACUGCCUUUGAUCUGGCUGAGUCACUAAACACAAAUACUGAGUUUGUAAAUAAUGUUGGAGUGUGCCCCUGUCUGUACAUUAAAAAAAACACAACAUC